GAGAGAUGAAAAACCAUAAGUUUUCUGCGUCCGCACUAUGAAUGUUGGAUACCAGAUUGGAUGUUGGAUGUUGUAGGUCAUUGGUUUGCAGUAGGUUUGACACAUCCCAAUGGCCUUGACUUCGGAAAAUGGAUUUGUAUGGCCCUGGCAAUACAAGUUCCCACCAUUUUUCACUCUCCAACCUAAUAUUGAGACUCGCCGCAAGCAAAUAAAUGCAUGGUGUCAGCUACUGAUUGAUUAUUUUCAAAGUAAAAAGCAGUUCUCCUUGAGUGUUGCAAGCAUUCGUGAUCCCUCUUGCCCGCUUUUUAAUAAUGCGAAUAUACAACGCUCAGCCAGUUCUGAUUUGGUUUCCCUUGUCUUAGACGAGUUGUGUAGGCGUGGAAACCUUGAAUGGGUAGAUAGGUCUCAUAACAAUGCUAGAAUUAUAUGGCGAACGUCUGAAGAAUGGGCUGACCUUAUAUCCAAAUGGGCUCGAUCUACUGGUCACGGGAACUCAGUCUGUACGUUUUACGAGUUGACUGAUGGUGAUGAUACAAGACAGGAAGCUUUUCAUGGCCUAGAUAUUUCUGUUUUAAUAAAUGCAUUGACUGUACUUCAAAAGCGUGGUAAAGCUGAAAUAAUGGGAGACACAGGUGUAAAGUUUUUCUGCUAAUGCCUGUUGCCUGACGGUUAACAAAUAACGUUACAUGGCAAAUUAUCUGCUUGUCGCUCCUACCCUAUACAAAGCUUUCAUUCACAAACUGUAUGAGAUUGAAGUUAUUAUGUCACUUUUUAUUUUCUUUUAUGUGGAACUACUAAAUAUUAUUUUCUCGUUACUUUAAUUUCCCUAUCUACUAACACUGGGACCUUCAUACAAAUUGUAUUUCAAACCCCACUUAUUGUUUCCUAAUAUCAUACUUUAAAAACGACUGAAAACAGAAAUAUGUACAAAUUAACUGAUUUUACAAGUGAAAUAUCUAUUUUAAAUCCUACCUCUUAGAAUUUCAUGUUUUACUGGGGAAAUCCGGUGUGUAUGUAUGUGACAUAAUCGGAAACUUAACUUUUGAUGUGUUAAUAGUAAAUAUUUUUCAAAA